AGUUGCUUCGUAUCUCUCUGACCGCCGUCAGUUGUGGUCCCAUGAUUCCACGAGGCGGAAACUGUCCAUUAACGUGAGGCAAUGAUGAUGAUGCCAGAACGACGACGGACACCCAGGUCACCGACAACGCAGAAGCCAACGGAACCGAUACCGAACGACAACUUAUAUUGAAGUGUCAGGCAUACUCGUUUGCUCGUUAACGUCCACUAUAAUUAGUUCUUUCAAUAAAGAGAUAUACGGAAAAGUGAACGAGAGGGGAGAGAGAGAGAGAGAGAGAGAGAGAGAGAGAGAGAGAGAGAAGAAAAAGAAGAAGGAGGAAGCGCUGAAACAGAAGGAAGGUUCAAAGGAAAGUAAAGAAACUUUCAGAAUCGAAAAGUUAUCUUCUAGUCCCAAGUGUCAAUUAAAGGGAGAACCAAAGGACAUCGGAAGAAGGAGGUGGACACGAAACUCAAAACGAAACUUUAGCUGUCUCUAUUAAAUUUAAAUUAAUUCGUAAAGAAGUAACGUCGAUCGAUUUCUCCAAAAGGCUAACGACGUCGGUCCGUUGCGAACAAGAUUUCGUCGGAGAUUCCUCGCUUUUCGUGCUGUGCCAUUACGUAAUAUAGAUAUGUGUGUGCGUAUAUGCGAUAUCUAACGUCAAAGAAAUUAAUCGUUGGCUCAUUGUGAAAGGAAUUGAGUAAUUCGCAUAGUGUGACAUCCAAAACAAUGUCUGUCAAUGACAUGACUUGACCUUCUAUCCAUAUUUCUAUGUGGAAAUAUUUAUUAAUGAUCGAAAGAUAUUCUUGCAUUUCCCAUGGAUCGUCUCGGUGUACCGGUACACCGUAGAGGAGCGAACAAUGGGUAUGAGAAGAACAGAAGCUAAGUAGCAGGCUGCAGGUACGGGAACAGAGAGAGAGAGAGAGGACGUAACAAAGAAAGAAAAAUAUAAGAAACAGAGGACGUCGCGAGGACGGAGAAGGAGACGGGCGAAGAAAAAGGAGAGAAGGAGGAAGGAAGAGUAACGAGAAGGAAAGAGGAAAAAAAGUUGAAGGAGAGGAAGAAGGAAGAAAUUAGCGAAAACAAGCGCAAAUAUACAUCGAAAAUAUGAGGACGAGUAGAACUUUCGAUGCUACGUGGAGGCUAACGUGGUUCAUCUGCCUCCUGGCUAGCAGUUUGGCGCAAACAUUACCAAUGUGUCCAGAUCAACGCGAGAUCUUACCCUGUUUUUGUACCAUGAAAAAGGCUGGCUUGGAUAUCGUAUGUGAACAAACCGAAUUAUCGCAUAUCUCGAAAGCCAUGAAUGCUAUAAAAGGAAGGCCAAAUACUGUCAUUUUCUAUUUGAGACUGAGGCACAAUAAUUUGCCGAAGCUCCAAGGUUACAUGUUUCUUGGACUGGAUAUACGUCACCUAAGUAUUCACAAUAGCACUCUGGCUGCGGUUGAGGAAUCCUCGUUGAACUCGAUCGGAAACAAAUUGACACAAUUGGACUUCUCGCAGAAUUAUUUAGCAAUCGUUCCAUCGACUGCGUUAAGAAAUCUCCAUCAUCUCCUUAUUUUAAAUCUGAAUCACAAUAAGAUAAAUGGCCUUCAUGCCAAAGCUUUCGAAGGCCUCGAUACGCUUGAAAUUCUCACUCUCUACGAAAAUGAGAUAUCCACGAUAGAAGCGGACGCAUUCAAAGGACUUGACAAUCGAAAAUUAAAACGUCUCAAUCUGGGAGGGAAUGAAUUAACGAGCAUACCAACAUCUGCUCUCUCCACGUUGGAUAUGUUGAAGAAACUGGAGAUGCAAGAGAAUAGAAUACAAUCAAUCAAGGAAGGAGAUUUCGAAGGAUUGAAAAGUUUGGAUUCGUUAGGAUUGGCGCACAAUCGUAUUCGCACUGUACCGGCUCGUGCAUUUUUCCAUUUGGCGCAAUUAAAUUCUUUGGAGCUCGACGGAAAUGAAAUCAUUCAUGUCGAUCCAGAUGCAUUUAUCGGCCUUGAAGAGAAUCUACAAUAUUUACGGUUAGGAGAUAACAAUCUGCACGCGGUACCGAGCGAUGCGCUGAGACGACUCCAUCGUUUGCGUCAUCUGGAUUUAAGAGCCAACAAUAUAACCGUGCUCCCGGAGGACGCUUUCACCGGUUACGGAGACUCGAUAUCUUUUCUUAAUCUUCAAAAAAAUUUAAUCAAGGAACUACCACCAUUGGUCUUUGAAAAUUUGAAUUCCUUGGAAACGCUCAACUUGCAGAACAAUAAACUUAACCACAUACCAGAGGAAGUAACAGAAACGAUCGUCGAUACGUUGCGACAUAUCGACAUAACGGACAACCCAUUGGUUUGCGAUUGUGAGCUACGUUGGUAUCCAGCUUGGCUUCAAAAUCUUCGCGACAAGGACGACGAGAUUAUGUCGAAGAAACGUACGGUUUGUAUGAUGAUAUCCGAGCAUCGAGAAUACUCUGUGCAAAAUAUACCGUUAGAAAAAAUGGGCUGCGUCAAGAGCAUAGAGAGGGUGCCGUCGAACGGAAUUUCCGUUUACCGAGGCGUCUGUUUCGCUUAUUUCUUUGCAUUCGUUUUCAUCGGCUUGUAAACGUUUCAUCUUUAUUGUCGUCCCCAUUGUCGUCAUCAUUAUAAUCUUUUUCUUCUUAUAUUUUAUUGCUCAUUUUAUUUUUCUCUUCCUCGCGAGACAACGUCCUCGUCACGAGAAAAUACGCGAUCUCAACGAGAAUUUUUUCAAAUUGUGCCAGCAACACGCUUUCGUUAAUUUAUCUAGCGUGCUAAUUAUUCCUUGAUUUAACAUCUUUUUAAUGAUAAAUUGAGAUCUCGUUCCGAUCGGACAGAGACAUCGAAUAUGCUCUAUAAAGGAUAGUAAUGUUUGACAAAUUAUAUGAAACAUAAGGCACCGCUAAAAAGUUUUUCGUUUUCUAAGAGUAAUCAUUAUAUGUUCGAACGAGGUAUUCUCGAAGUAACUGCGACAAUCGAUAGUUCUACGACGACUAGAAUAUUUCUCUUAGUCGAUUAGCUCUUCUGAGUACGUUUCUACGUUGCGGUAUUUGACCAAGAAAUAAAGUUUCGUUCACAGAAGAAAGAGGCUAAGAAGAGAGCGGCGUGAAUUAGAAUGCGAAUCGUUCAAUAAUCUCAUCGUCGUAGUGUUCAUCAUUUGAUCGACAUAAAUGAUCGAAGAAUCGUUUCUCAUAUAAUCGUUGUAUUCGCAAGGAAAGGGAGGAAAGGAAUUACGACGAAAGAGAAAAGAAAAAUUCCGUCGAUCUCACGGAAGCAUGUCUCGUUUUCUACGGGCGCAUGAGCUUUCAUCACUGAAACGUUACAUAUCAAUAUCGUUGCCAAGCAUUUUGUGAAUAUUCGUUAAGAUCGCACAAGCGAGAGGAGAUUAAUGUAAUUGUUGAAGAAGAAAAAAAAA